UAGAGUUUUAAUCCUAUGUCUGAGCUCGACGAUAAUUGGCCAUGCAAGUCUGAUGACACUCCAGAGUUGGAAAGUAGAGUGAACUUAUUGUCUGGUCAAAGAGUUAACAAGGCUACUGACAUCCCUCGAGCAUCUGGUAAGGGGAACAAUGAUUUUACAUUUCCAUGUGGCCCCUCAGUAGCUGAGGAUGAUGAUGAUGAUAAUGAAGUUAUUGAGUCAAAAAUUAGAGCAUUCCUUGAUGAGAAGGGACUUGAGGUGGAUUAUUCGGGAUCAGGCCAUUGUGAUGACGACAUGUGUCAGAUAGAUGAUGAAGAUGAUCUUGUGAUUGGAGCAUCAGCAAAGUUUGAUUUUACUUUACUUUCUGAUGAUUUUAAUAAGAGGUUUAAUCCUAUGUUUGAGCCGGACGAUAAUUGGCCAUGCAAGUUUGAUGACACUCCAGAGAAGUUCCCAGGAAAUGUCCCACAUUGGGGAUCAGGAAAUUGUGAUGACGACAUGUGUCAAAUAGAUGAUGAAGAUGAUCUUGUGAUUGGAGCAUCAGGAAAGUUUGAUUUUACUUUACUUUCUGAUGAUUUUAAUAAGAGUUUUAAUCCUAUGUCUGAGCCUAACGAUAAUUGGCCAUGCAAGUUUGAUGACACUCCAGAGAAGUUCCCAGGAAAUGUCCCACAUUGGGGAUCAGGAAAUUGUGAUGACGACAUGCGUCAAAUAGAUGAUGAAGAUGAUCUUGUGAUUGGAGCAUCAGCAAAUUAUUUGAACUUACCUACCAAAGUUGUUAAGAUCGGGAUUCUACACAGGAUCAUUGUGGGGGUCUAUUAA